AUGGCAGAGGAAAUAAAGGCUCUUGAAUCAAACAAAACUUGGGAUCUUACUAUUUUACCUCCAAACAAGAAUGCAAUUGGUUGUAAAUGGGUUUAUCGUGUCAAGUUUAAUGCUGAUGGCACAAUUGCAAGGAUGACAACUAUGAGAGUUUUACUUGUUGUUGCUGCUAUCAAACAGUGGCAUUUACAUCAAUUAGAUCUUGGUUUCACUCGAGGAAAAUCAGAUUCUUCUUUAUUCAUAAAAAAAAACCCCUCAGCUUUUAUUGAUUUACUCAUUUAUGUUGAUGAUGUAAUUCUUGCUUCUGACAGCCUUGAUCAAAUUAAUUCAGUCAAGCAAUUUCUUCAUGAUUCUUUUACCAUCAAGGAUCUUGGUGAACUCAAAUAUAUUAUGGGUUUGGAAAUUGCUAGAUCAUCUAAAUUUAUUACUCUUUCUCAACAAAAAUAUGCAUUGGAUAUUUUACAAGAUAGUGGUUUUUCUGGAUGUAAACCAGCAACCUUUCCUAUGGAAUCCAAUUUGAAACUUAGUGCAACAGAUUCUUCACCAUCUCUAAAUGAUCCGGCAUCAUAUCGAAGACUCAUAGGUCGCUUGUUAUACUUGACUAUCACUCGGCCAGACAUAGCAUAUUCUGUUCAAGUACUAAGCCAGUUUAUGGCUCAUCCAAGCCUGAUACAUUUUCGGGCUGCUGAAAGAAUACUUAGAUAUAUGAAGGCUACACCAGGACAGGGGAUUUUAUUGUCUGCAAGUUCGUGCCUUCAUCUGAAAGCUUAUUCAAAUAGUGAUUGGGGUGGCUGCUUGGAUACUAGAAGAAGUGUAACGGUUUUUAUUGGAGAUUCUCUUAUUUCAUGGAAAUUAAAGAAACAGGCUACUGUUAGCAGAUCAUCUACUGAAUCUGAAUACAGAGCUUUAGCUACAACAACCUGUGAAAUUCAAUGGCUUAUCUAUCUUCUAGCUGAUUUACAUGUUCAACAUUCUCAAGCUGCUUUGUUAUACACUGACAGUAAACCAGCAUCUGAAAUUGCUUCUAAUCCUGUGCAUCAUGAGAGGACUAAGCAUAUUCAACUGGAUUGUCAUUUGCUGGUUAAUACACAGCUUCCCACAUUUUACAUUUCCCGUGACACCAAAUAA